GUCCCACUCCCUCCCGUCGGGCUUCGCUGUGGGAGCGUAAUGGCGGUGCACCGGGGACCCUCUACGAAAUGGCUCUUUACCCGGGAGCAGCUCGAAAACACACCGUCUCGGCGCUGCGGAAUAGAAGCCGACAGGGAGCUCUCAUACAGGCAACAAGCCGCUAACUUAAUCCAAGAUAUAGGCCAGAGACUCAACGUAUCUCAAUUAAUUAUCAACACUGCUAUAGUUUAUAUGCAUAGGUUUUAUAUGAUUCACUCUUUCACCAAAUUCCACAGAAAUAUUAUCUCCCAGACCACGUUGUUCCUGGCAGCCAAAGUUGAGGAGCAGCCCCGGAAGCUGGAGCACGUCAUUAAAAUUGCCCAUGCCUUUGUUAACCCACAAGAACCAGCCCUAGACACUAAAAGCAGUGCAUUCCAGCUGCAGGCACAAGAGCUGGUAGCACUGGAAACGAUAGUGCUGCAAACGCUGGGAUUUGAAAUAACAGUUGAUCAUCCUCACACAGAUGUAGUGAGAUGUUCCCAGCUAGUGCGAGCAAGCAAGGAUUUGGCACAGACUUCCUAUUUCAUGGCUACCAACAGGUUAUUAUCCUGUUCCCAUUAUUGCACUGUAAUGGCACACUAUAGCUUCCUGUCCUGCAGGGUCCCCCUUCCUGUGUCCAACGCCCUGUUUGCACCCGGAUCCUGGGAACCCCCAUGGUUGGGAAGUACCAUCCGGGCUGCUGUGUGCGGUGUAUUGUACAAGGGCUCUGUGUUGGCACAUAGGGGUUGAAUGCACAAUGCGGAGUGUAGUGGUGCUGUUCACCUCUCAAGGUUGCUUGGUACGGAGUGCACAUGUCUUUAAAAAAGAAAGAAAAAAGAAAAAAAGCUCAAAUGGUAGCCUGAAUAUAGAUUGCCACUAAAGAGUCUUAAACUUUUAGACUUUCUUGGUAAGUAUAGUUCACAGUUCUUUAUUAAUUUGUCCUUUUUUUUUUGCUUUUUUCUUUUUACCCCAGAGGAGCUAACAGUGAAACGCCAAACUAUACUGCAAACUGAAGAUAAAACAGUUUUUCUUUGAUAAUGUGUUGAAGACUUGUUGAAAUUGCAGGUGUAUCACAGGAUUAUUGACUUACAGAGAGAAGAUGGUGGCAGAAAAAACUUUGUCUUGUGGUGUUUUUGAGGUUUGUUACACAAAGAAAGGAGUUUGAGUUUCAUAUGAAUCAGUUUAAUUUGCAUCCAAAGUAGAGUUUAGAGGUUACAGAAUUAUAAUAGUACCUUUAUAUGUUUAUAUUUAAGAGUAAUGGAAAUAAAUGAAAGACUAUUCAAAAAGGCCAGAUAUGAAUUCCAAAUGUUUUCUAAUCUGGCCAGACAGUCUGAUUCUUUCCAGUUUACGAGAAUCUCCCUCAUCCAGCUAGUUUAAUGGACGAGUGUGAGAUUCCUCCUCCACAUGUGGACUUCAUGACCCUCAGUUCAGUUCCAGUGUUUUUACAAUUCUGGAGGCUGUAGUUUACAUCAAUUGUCACCAAGCAGCUAAUUCAUCUGGUCUCGUAACUGUACAGUUAUGUCGCAGAAGGAUCCUCUGGUCCUUCCAUAGUGAUCUUAUCACACUUGGGAACCUUUUCAGAAAGAAAGAAAGAAGCAACUGUAUGUUUGUUUAGUGGUUACUGGUUUGAAUGAGCUAAAAUCUGCUGGAGAAUAUUAAACAACAUAAUAUACACUCAAAUAUACAUUCACUACUGGAUUUCAUGGCCAUUUAAUGAACAUUUAUUUUUUUACACGAUUCGCGUCUUGGAAGUGCUGCUGAUCUUCAUCACUGUGCAGCUCUUCCUCAUGUUGUUUACCUCCACAGCCAGUUUGCAGUGUAGUUUGGUAAACAGAAUGUAAGAUGUCAGGGAAAUUAACCCCCGAAGACUUUAGUCCCACCUGUGACGGUGUUUCUCAGUCUCAGAGAUAUGUUUUUGUGAAAUUGUG